AUGUCUUCUAGCAAGAAAUGGAGUUUUAAGAAUAUAUUCAGAGCCAAUGGAGUGUGUGGAUGUGGGAGGACAAAGACAGAAGACAUUUUCGAGCCAAAACCAAAGCCCGAAACUCCAUUAGAAAAUCUCAAGUCUGUGGAUGAAGAUGAAGAGGAUGGCACUUCCACCACAUUUUCUCUUAACAAUGAAACCCUUGAAAAUGAUCCGAAGUGCUCCAGAAUGGUCAGUCCAUGCCCAAAAAUCUGUGACAGUCUAGCCAUUGUGAAGGAUUCUGAGGACCCUUAUCAAGAUUUUCGCCAAUCCAUACUUCAAAUGAUCUUAGAGAGAGAAAUCUAUUCAAGAGACGAUUUACAGGAGCUUCUCAACUGUUUUUUGGAACUAAAUUCACCUCAUCACCACCAAAUCAUCGUUAAAGUAUUUGCAGAGAUCUGGAAUGGCGUUCAUCUAAAAACUCGGGCAGCCGAUGGCGCCUCCAGCACUGAGGAGAUCAAAACUAGUCCUAUUGUUCUUCCAGAAGAGUCCCAUUCACGUGAUACUUAG